UUUUACUUUGAAGGUGAGACAGGAAGUAGCAGUGUAUUGAGUUCAGUGUGACGUCAGUGUUUGACUGCAGUGUUGACAGCUGAAGAAGCUGCACAGCGAGUAUUUCGCUUUUGUUUCUCGGACAUUGAAACGACUAUCACAAGCGGUGUGUGUUGUAACCAUGCGGUGUACAGAGGGGGAGGCAGACACACCACCCUGUGCUUUAUGAGAAAGGAUGAACUGUUUGCCUCUUGUUCUUUAUCUCAUCCUACUCCUGGAUUCUGUGCGCAGUUCCCUUCCUGCUCCGGUCAAUCUUUCUAUCAGCUCUGUCAACUUCAACCAUGUCCUGAGUUGGGUUCCUGGGCCCGGCACCCCACCAGGAACACGGUACAAGAUCAAUAGGAGGGUGAACAGGAAAGCAAAACUGAUGCUGAACUCAAAUACGACAUCAAUAAAGCUGAAGCUUCGAAACGACUACAAAUAUGAGCUGACUGUCCAGGCGUCCUACAAAAAAACCCUGUCUCCAGAGUCUGAGAAGAAAACCUUUGAGCCUCUCAGAGAUACUGAAAUAGGUCCCCCAAAAGUCUCACUGGCUGGAUGUGGCAACUGCAUCCAAAUCAACAUUUCACUCCCUGAAGCUGACGAAAGCACAAAUAUAAAUGAUAUGAAGGGAUUCUACGGUGCUCACUUCAAGGUCCUUUGGAGAAAACCUAAAGAAAAAUUGACGGAGGGGUCCAUCAUAACACCAAACAAGAGUUAUACUCUGAACAACCUACUGAGUGGUACGGAGUACUGUGUGAAGGUUCGCACACUGAUUAAUGCCAAUAGAAAUACGAAGCCAUCAGCUUGGAAUUGUACCUUCAGUAGCAUCGUGGAACCAAGCACAGGCUUUGUUGUUUUAGGUGCAGUUGCUGGUCUUCUGAUUGUUGUUUUCGGUGUCCUGAUGAGCUCCAUGUUUUGCCUCUACUACACUGGAUUCCUUUGUAAACUAGCGACUCUUCCCAGAGUACUAACUGCUCUGAGCCAAGGCUGCACCCUGACACCAGAGUGGACAAUCCCUGACAAGAUCUCCAUUAGUGCAGAGUGGGAGAAACGGAGGAAGUACAACAAUCCCACAACUCCACAACAACCUGCCACCAGUGGCACUGACACAGAUGAAGAGGAUGGGGAAGGGGAAAACAUCUACAUGAAUAGAGGAGCCGAACUUUCCUCGGGGGAAAGUUCCUGCCAGGACUCUGCUGAUGCGUUAGGGAACGGCAAGGGGGCUGCGUCAGAGGGCUCUGGGAGUUUGACAAUGGAAGCGCAGGUAUCGGACACAAAGCUUGAGGUACCACAUGGGGGGCUUAAUGGUGACGAGUCCAAUGCUGAAAGAGCGGAGGUUUCUUUCAUGCCUGAUGGACCAGUCCCAGGUGAGGGAGAGGAGGAGCAGGUGUGUCAGAGCUCAGGCAAUAUCAAUCUGUUCUCAGUCACCCUCGCUUCACUGGCUGUAUGUGAGGAAGGGGAGGAGGAAGAGGAGCAGAAUACCAGAGAUUCUCUCACAGACCUUUUAAAACUGUCUGAUCUGGAGCCUCUUCUGCACACAGACUCCCAAACUGAAUUGGAUGUUCAGACAACUGUGACAUUACUACUUACUCAAGAAGACUUUACUGAAGGCAGAUGUGCAGACACUUUGUCUGGCUACCUCAAAACCUGUGAAGGUGAGACGUGGCAUGAAGAGACGCAAGAGGAGGAGGAAUUCUCCGAAUAUAUGCAACACACAUGAUACUGUAUGUUGCUCUGAUGUGUUUUACUGUGUAUGAGCAGGGUGCAAUUUGUGAAAAAAUCUGGGGGGGAGGGUUGAAACGUUUUUAUUCAUGAAAAAUUCAUCGCAAACCACAGUGCACAUUUCGUGCAGCUUUUAUAAUAGUGAAGUUUACUAAAACAAUUUCAGAACUUGAACUUCACCGCUGCAUUUUCUGGAAUAUCUGAUUUUAUUUAUUUAUUAAUCAAGUAGCGCAUUAUUUUCACUCUCUUGCCUUGUCCUUUACUAUUGCGGACACUGGUGAUGCGAUCAUACACACCAAAAAUAAAGAUUUAAUGCUAAUUCAACCUUUUGCCAGAAUGAAACCCCCCUUUCAGUACUAUGGAUGGCCCACUUGGCCAGUCGGGAAAUCCCAAAAAAGGGGGAAACCCCCCCCUGGCAAAUCAAUCAAAAUUUUUGGUGGUCUAUUUUCCUAUUAUUAAGGAAACGAGGACACAACACACCCAUAAAUAUCUUCUGCAGCUACAAAGCCAUAGAAGCCACCUGCAUUUGGCACGUGUUUAAAGCAUAUCAGAGUUGUUGGUCUUGUUUCUGAUUUGUAAAGAGCCGUUUACACCUUUUUAAUCUAGCAGGAUCAUAUGGACUCUUCCAAAUAUGGUCUCUGACUAGGCGUCUACGAGGUCCCUUUCAUAUGCUGCCUUCAAAUACCAACGGACAAAUUUAAAAUACUUCCACAGGAAACGUGAAAGGCCCCCAGAUGCGUAAAAUACAAUUUUGAUAAUGUUAUCUGUGUUAACGUUACCCGAAAUUAGAAAAACAUUUUUAUUAUUAUCGUUUAACCUAAUUGUGUUGUCUUUUUUAUGUUGUAAAUUAACGCUGUUGAUUCUGAAGAAUGUUCUACCUAAAUAACCAAACAUAUUCCUGAUAUACAUCCUCAUUCUUCCAAUUAAAGCAAGCUGAACGUA